CUCGUUUUGAAUAUAUCAACAGAACGUGGUAAUAUUACGUUGUUGGGCCAGCGAAAUGUCACUAAGCCCUAACCAAAUCAUACGGCAGUUUGGUCAUUCAAUAUCGAGCAAAUCAUCGAUCCUCGUCAAGGUCAGGGACAACCAACGCACAUCUGUUCGUAACUUAUACACUGGACAACAGAAAGUGAAUGUAUUAGAAGAAGAAGAACAAAGCUUGCGCAAACUAAACCUGCUGGAUGGUGAGUAAAACUAUUUUGUAACAGACUUCUGUUUUUGUACAAAAACCGUGUAUUUCAAUUUCUAAUAUAUCUCUGUUGUGCUCGCACGCCGUGUUCUCACUUGAGUGGCAUCUGCCAGUCCUGACUGUUGUGUUGUGUUUCAGAUUGCUCCUGCCUCCAGGUAAACGCUAAGAAUACGUGUUACAAGUGGUGAUGGAGGUGUUUAUGUCAAAACAUGAUGAACCCCCAGCCAUCCCUGGCAAGUUAACAGUCAACACAACCCCUCGCCAACCGCCACUGUUUGGCGUCUCAUCAGACUAUGACACCUGGAAAAUUAGAGUAAUGACGUGCCUACGUCGAGUUCCAACUUCGGAACACUUCGACUACCUUCUGUCCUACUUAGAUGACGAAGCAGCGAAACGAGCGACAGCUAACGGCUUUACUGCGUGCAAUUCACCAUCUCAAAAUUGGAAGAUUUUAGAUGAAUGUUUUUCGUUGAAGGUGGAUACCCAGCAGUCAGCCAUCCAAUUUUUGUCUCGCCACCAGAAACCUCAUGAAAGCCCCAUCGACUAUCUUCACUCAUUACAGCAGAUAGCAACCCAGGCAUUCCCUAGCCUGGACAUCUUGGGGCGAGAAGAAAUUACACGCUCCCGUUUUAUUGAAGGACUGCUGCCAGGUGUACUGCGAGAACAUCUACUUUGAGUGCCACCGGCUGACAGCCGACUUGAAACGAACGGCACUUCGAUUUUCGACUGCUGAAAGACUGUCAGUUCCAUUGGCGACCUAUCGACCAACCGUGAUGACUAUCGAUGAAGCCACCGAACCUAAUCGACAAGAUAGCUUUCAAAGUGCCGCGGCUAUUAGAGAGUUCCCUGACCGGAAUAGUAGACGAGGGCAGCCGACUUCCACAUGGAACGGACGGUCGUCAAGGGACAACUAUCGAGACCAGCAAACAGAAUGCUUCUACUGCAGACGUUUCGGAAGAAAUGCGGGCAUAACCGCGUGAAAAACAGAGGACAACAGAAAGUGAAUGUAUUAGAAGAAGAAGAACAAAGCUUGCGCAAACUAAACCUGCUGGAUGGUGAGUAAAACUAUUUUGUAACAGACUUCUGUUUUUGUACAAAAACCGUGUAUUUCAAUUUCUAAUAUAUCUCUGUUGUGCUCGCACGCCGUGUUCUCACUUGAGUGGCAUCUGCCAGUCCUGACUGUUGUGUUGUGUUUCAGAUUGCUCCUGCCUCCAGGUAAACGCUAAGAAUACGUGUUACACAACCUAUCAUUGUAAUCUUUAUCAUUGUAUUCUAUACUUAUUCUUUUUCAUUUUUAUCAUCGCCUUUGUUAAUCUAUCACUGUGAACUUUCGUUGCUUCAUGUCAAUAUUGAUUUGUAUUUAAACUUAAAUACUUAGUUCAAUCGACAGAACUAACCAAUCAACUACGAUUAUAAUCGGCUAUCGUGGUUCGUUAACAAGCAUUAGCAGCAUGUAAAUGCUCUUGUGUAAUAUGUCUGUUAAAAUACUAGCCACUAGUAAGUAUAGCCACAAGGCAAUACGAACGCCCACCUGUUUGCAACAAGAUUAACUGUCGGUUGUAGAUGUAUCUUUCUGCUUGACCACUAUCCACUAGGAUGUUUUACUUUUUUUGCUCACCGCCUGCCUAAUUUCCAAUUGCUGAGUUCCAUGGCCAAACAGAGGAUAUGAAUGCUAGAAAUUUACGGUGAGUUUGAACUAUAAGUUUUCUGCAAUCUUAGAUCUCGUUUAGACUGUUCGUCGGGCAAUGCUAUGUAUUUGGCUUAAAUUAAUUCUGGAUUUAUACAAAUCCAGUCUACAACGCUGUGUUAAUCGAAAAAUUUAAUCAACAAUACCUCGUACAUAAUCCAGAUUCAAACUACUGUUUACUUCAUAUCUUCAUAACUUAGAGGCAAGAGUAACCCAGGCGAGUUUCAUAAUUUCAUUAAAUUAGUUCUUACUAUAUUUAUGAUGCGUGAUAACAUUUCGUAGUUGCUUUCACGUAAAGUAGUCAUAUAUUCUGUCACUGCCGUCAAGUUUUAGUCGAAAUCAUGUACAUCUAUGACUCGUUAGUCGACGUACUGUGGUAAAACAUUGCAUGUACACGAGCACUCAUAGUCCAUGUCCUAAGUACAAACUUUGUCAUACUUAAUAUGUCACUUAACGCUAGGUAAUAAGCUCUUUGUAUCAGCCUUUUACGAAAUGGCCACGUUACCUGAACCCUCUAAACUUUAGUUACAUUGGUGGUUACCAUUUUAAUUAGUGUUUACUAUACUCUUUGUAUUUGCUGUUAUUUCAUACAGUAAAUCAUGGCUCGAUUUCCUUAUUACACGAUAGUCAUUUUAAUUCUAUUUUCGGUUUAUAUACAUGCAAUACGGGUUUGGAAAAUAUCGUCCCCAAAAUAACGUCCUCAAAAAUUCUCCACGAACCCAACCAUAGUUUUCGUAUAUGUUUUUAUUCACACGUCCAACUGCUACGCUAAUAAUACCUAAACGAAUGUUCGAUGCAACUGUCAGUAUACGUAAGAACGAUGUUAUUUAGAUUUGACUUUAUAACACAUCCGAACUGCUGUAGUUAUUCUACUUCGACGUCGUACUUUAUUUUAUGAAGUGUUGUUUCCUCGUGGCUGUUAUCUAACAGAUGAUUUCGGUACAAAUAUCGGCUGUUCAACUACUCGACGAUUUAAAACCUAUCCAGUUCAAUUGGUGGUCUGACGACAAUAUCAUUCGCGCGAAUCACCAGUUUAUGCAGUCGAGCGAAUCUCCUGCAGACUGAAAACUACAUUGUCGCCCCUAUCCCAACACUGACAGAGUUUUUCACUGGUAUCGUUGACAUGAGCUUAGAGUGACGCUCUUGGUUUCUUAUGUUCUUUUCGAUAUUUUUCUGUUCACUAACCGGACAAACACGCAGCACUCACCGUUUAUCAUCUUUUAGAGACUUCACCGUGCCACCUUUGCUGUCGAUUUGUAGCCUUCGACCCUUACUGACUGUAACUGCAGUCAUCGACUUUUCAAACUCUGACUACAAGUUGAUUAAUAGCUUAGCACAACGAAAUCACGACUACUCUUCACGGUUAUACUUCUGUACUUACAGUUAGUCUGUUAAAUAUAGAUAUAACUAGAAGCUGUCAACGACACUGUUUGACAUUCAACUUUAAAUCAAUGGCAGUAUAGACAUCGGCAUCGAUUGAUUAUACACUUAUCCUACUAUCGCUCUAGCGCCAUUACUCUUGCGGCAAACUAAGCGUUUCUCAUCGGAGGAACUCAAUUACUUGUCAAAGCUAUAUAUAUUUCAGCACGACUUGAUAGAACGAUAAAACGUUUUGUUCUUUUUAUUAUUUCUAUGGGUAAUCGCUUUACGUUUAACCGACGUCGUACUAACAUAUUAUUACUCACUGUUUUCCCGAUCAGUUUCUGCCGCCUACUUUCCAUUUUUUUUCACAGCUCGGCAAUACCCGGAGGAUUCAUAUUAAUCGUUUGGUAAUCUCUGGCGCGCAACUACUCCCAACGUGUUUGGUACCAAUUCAAACGGCCGUUGAAUCUGGUGGGGGAGUAUUGUAGGGCCAGCGAAAUGUCACUGAGCCCUAGCCAAAUCAUCCGGCAGUUGGAUCACUGAAUGUCGAACAGAUCGUCGCUCCCUGCCAAGGUCAUAUACAACCAACGCGCAUCAGUUAGUCGUAUACCAUGGACUGGCCCAUGUGGCAGUGGUCUUACUUUCGCUUGUAUUUACUUUAACUAAUAUAUUUCUGUAAUAACGUCCUCUGUGUUGUACAGUCUUCAAAGCAUCUAUGGUACCUUGAUACGUCAAUGGAGGUAGUCCACGUAAGGUGCUGACCACGAGGUGUAACUUCGAUGUUAGCUAGUUUGUCACACCAUUCAUGUCUAACUCGAGUAGGCUUCCAAUCAUUUUCGACAUAGAUCAUCAACGUUGGUGAUUUACAACGUGUUCCGGUAGAGAAUUCCAGUAAUUCACUACUCGGUGCGAGAAACGAAACUCCAGACGUAAACGAUUUGAUCUCCGUUUUUGAACUUUCUUCGAAUGUCCUCUCAAACGAUCAGUCAUAGACGGAAAUAAAAGAUAAGACAUGUUAAUACCAAGGUCACCGUUCAGUAUACGAUAAGCCAUUAUUAGAUCACCCCGUAUUCUGCGGUAAGAUAACGGAAAUAAGUUAAGGUGUCUCAGUCUCUCUUCAUAAGCAAGGCCAGACAGACAUUGUACCAUCUUUGUACCUCGUCGUUGGACUCUUGAAACAAUUGUUUCGAUUCCUUAUGAAUUCGCUGCUUGAAUCCUAAAUGUGGUCGCACAUAAAUCGGGUAUAAUAAUCUAAACAUUUCAUCAUCUACAGAUGAUACUGGAAAGACCCACAAAUAGACCAUAACACCCUAUAACCUUUCGCAGCAUCAGCCUUACAGUGACUAGUGGUUUUGAGAUCACUGCUUAAUAUGAUUCCUAAAGCUUUAUAGUUUCUUACAUUGUGUAGCACGAAUCCACAUAUUGUAUAGCGAUACGAUUCAUCAUAGCUAUUUAAUUGCAUCACCACACUCUUAUUAGGAUUUACUUCUAGUGACCAUCUGUCUAACCAUGUCACCAAUGAGCUAAGAUCAUUUUGUAAUACUAUUCUAUCCGACAUACUGUGUAUGGGUCUCCAAAUUUUUAUGUCAUCAGCGAACAUAUGGUUUUGCUACAGUUGGUAAUUCAUUUACAUAAAGUAAAAAGAAGAGGACCGAGAAUUGUGCCUUGGGGAACUCCACUUUUUACAGUUACCCACGAGGAGAAAGCCCCACCAACCCUUACCCUUUGUCUCCUGUCAUGUGGAAGGUUACUUAUCCAAUCUACGACUGUAUAAUAGAUUCCAAAACGUUCCGGUUUGAAUUUAAGACCAGAGUAGGAUACCUUGUCGAGGGCCUUACUUAGAUCUAUGGUGAUCACAUCCACAGGAAUAUUCUGAUCUUUUGCACCAGCCCAAUCUUCUCUUGAAAUGAGAAGAUUUGUCAAGCAUGAUAGGCCUCUCCGAAAACCAUGCUGUUCCCUGGAGAAAAGAUUAUGCCCUUCAACAUAGAUUAUACGAGAUAUUCCCAUGGUUUUUCCAUCAGCUUUAUAAGUGCACUAGGUAAGCUAACGGGUCUGUAGUUACUAACUAAAUCCUAAUCCCUGCAUUAUACACCUCAGUUCUUAUAGCGUCUUUCCAAUCUUUGGGCAGUCUAGACUGCCUCAGUGACAUAACAAACAGUAUCGCUAAAGGUUCAGCAAUUACAUCUGAUAUGGCUUUCAUAAUCCUAGGAUGAAUAUCAGCAAGACCACUGGACUUAUCAGGUUUGAGGUGCUGAAGUAGCCUUAAAACAGUACCUUUCUCAAUGACUAGCCGCCACGAUCACAAUGAAUCGUUGGUCAUUCCUCAUUACUGAUAGAAAACACUUUACUGAAAUAUUCCGAUAAAGCUUCAACUUUUACGGUAUCAUUUUCUGUCAAGACUAACGAAUUUUCUUGUAUCAAAAGUGAUGGAAUUCCAUCGCUUCUCUGAGUGGCUAAUGGUUCAAGUGUUCGAUAGGAUUCGAUCGCCACUCAGUUAGACAAACAUGGGACCAGUUACAACUGUGUGAUGAACCAGCUUGAAUAUCUCAAUCCUACAGGAGGUCGAUGACAUGACUUGUGGUUGACUGGAUUAUCGUUGGUUAUCGAAGUGACUCGACACCUGUAAGAAGUCAAAAGACUGAUCGACAGAUGGGGAUUUAUUUAGCACCCAAACACAAGAUUAGCUAGAUUACAACUGAAUUAACAGAACAUAUCAAUACAUUUAUUUUCAGGUCGACUCACUUCGUGAUAAUCAAUAGAUCGAAUUCCAAUAAACCACAACUCAGUCCCCUCACAGCUGACUAGUCAAUAGAAUGCCAAGAGGAAAACCUCUACUGGUAUCGUAAGGAUGAAAAUGUUGCAAUCGACAAGAGUAGAUGGUAUGCUAACUCAGAUACAGAUGUCGAUAGAGACCCGAAUCGCUCCAAGCUAUUAUACUCUAAUACUGAAUGUUCUGAUUCUAAUUCGUGGGAAGCGCUCAAAUAAGACACGAAUUCAUCUCAUCCUGAAUGCACGAUUGUUCUCACAGGAAGCUUCGUUAACUCACCGCAAAACUAGUUACAUGAAUGCGACAUGACUGCGCCAUUAACAUCUCGCACUAGUUGACUUCAAAUUGAAACUAGCGUAAGAAUACUAGGCCAGUACACCAGUUUACAAACAAUCUCACCUAUAUACACUGUCCCUCCCAUUCCACUUAUUGUAUACACAAACAUCACUUCUAGUUUAGUUCCGAGUAGGCAUCUCCGAACAACCUCACACCUCGUUUCGCGGAAUUCAAAGACACCCAAUCUGACCACUAAAAGAAUGGACACACACCUACCACUUACAAAGUUCAAAGGCUUAUAGCUCCGACGACUAGAUAAAACUUAUAAUAAACCCACCUCCAUAUGCAGGAUUAUCCAACUGACCGAUCAUCCGUUCUUCGACACACUGUGACGAUCAACUGACUCGAUUACACAAAGGCACUUCUGAAAACCAAAUAAAUGCUUAUUACAUUUCAUCAACCUGUAUAUUCCAAAGUAAAAUACUAUACAAAACGCGUGCAUUGUCAUCCUUACCCAUUUUACAUUCCAUCUGUUGUGGGGCAGUAAACAACUAACUAGUAACUGCAGACUGUUCAGACUACUCAACUAAGUAUUUACUGUCUCAAAUGAAAUCAUCUCACUUAAGUGAGUCGUCGAGCAAAUCCACUUACAGUCCCAGAGCACGAGUCACUUGUCUUCAACAAACUUCUCAGUAGUCUCAACAACGUCUGACGAAUAGUCUUAUCAUUCCAUUCAAACGAACUACCGACAAUGAUAUAACGUCAUAGACCUUACUCCCUACCCGCAAGCUAACAUAAACUAACAUGGACAGUCGCUUAAUGGCGCUAGUAUUGGACCACGUACGCUAACACCAACCUCUAGGUACUGUAUGCCCGUCUGGACACCCCGUAUUCUACUAGGCUUGUACGCAAAUGUUGGAUGGAUCUUAUUACCUAACGACACGCCCGCAGCAUUUUAGUCGAUAUAGAAAAAACAACCAAUUUGAGAGCAAAGUUUAUUAGUCACCGGUUAUAUACAAAAUGCAAACAGGCUAAUCCACUUCUUCCAUACCAUCUUCGUCAACUGUAGCUUCAGGUGCAGCAUCUUUCUGGAUACCGUUACUUGGGAUUUCGUUCGCCUUCAUUUCAUCAUCAGGAAUAUCCAGGCACAUGCAAACCAUAUGGUGGAUGCUCUUAGCGUGUAUCUUGGGAUCAGGUAGUGAGAAUCCUGAAGAGAGAAGUGCGGUGUCGAACAACAGUUGCACAAGAUCCUUAACAAGUUUGGUUGAACUGCCACUCUCAAACUGUUGUUUCAAGGCUUUGAUCAUAGGGUGGUACGGAUUCAGCUCUAGCUGUUUCUUGGCUGCCAUAUAACCCAUCGUGCAGGAAUCCCGGAGUGCCUGAGCUUUCAUGAUCCUCUCCAUGUUAGCAGACCAUCCAAACUCUGAAGUUACAACGCAACAUGGGGAAUUGGUAAGUCGAUUCGAAAUACUAACUUUCUCAACGUUCUUGCCGAGGAUUUGCUGGAUCUCUUUGCACAGCGUUUCGAACGACGACUUCAGCUCUUCGAAUUGCUUUUUGUCCUCGUCACUCUCAGGUAAUUGAAGACCGUCCUUCGUAACACAAACCAGCUUCUUGUUUUCGUAUUGCCGUAUAUGGGUAACAGCAUAUUCGUCAAUCGGGUCAACCAUGAACAGUACUUCGAAUCCACGUUGAGUAAGCUUCUCAGUAAAUGGUGAAUUCAUUACAGCUUGCUUUGACUCACCUGUUAUGUAGUAAAUAUCUUGUUGUUCAGGCUUCAUACGUGAUACAUAAUCCUUCAUGCUGAUCAUUUCAUCACCAGAAGCUGAGGAAUAGAAACGCAGUAAGUCGGAUAGCUUCCCCCUAUUAACACUAUCUUCAUGGAUGCCCAGUUUUAUACUUUUCGAGUAUUGCUCGUAAAACUUCUUGUAGUUAUCUUUAUCCUCCGCUAUCUCCUCAAAUAGCUCAAUACAUUUCCUGACCAAGCUCUUACGAAUAACCUUCAAUACGUUGUUCUGCUGCAACACCUCACGACUGAUGUUAAGGGGCAGGUCUUCACUAUCCACAACGCCUCGGACGAAAUUCAAGUACUCAGGAAUCAUAUCAUCACACGUAUCCAUGAUCAGCACUCUUCGCACAUACAAUUUGAUAUUGUUUCGCUUCUUACGCGAUCCUUCGAACAUGUCUAUAGGUGCACGUUUAGGCACAAACAGCAACGCUCGGAACUCUAACUGUCCUUCAACAGAGAAGUGCUUCACGGCAAGAUGGUCCUCCCAGUCAUUAGUAAGCGACUUGUAAAACUCGGCAUACUCUUCUGUAUUUAUAUCUUCGGGAUUACGCGUCCAGAGCGGUUUAAGCUUGUUCAGUUGCUCUUCUUCAGUAUACUUCUCCACAACCUUCUUUUUAUUUUUCUUUUCCUUAUUCUCCUCUUCCUCGUCUUCAUCUAGGUCUUCGACUUUCGGUUUGUCGUCAGCCUCGUCAGUUUCUUUCGACUCGGACUUUUCAGCCUCAUCAUCAGACACUUCCUUGGUCCGCUCUUUAUUAACAACCAGCUUGAUGGGAUAGUUAAUAAAAUUAGAAUGUUUCUUCACUAUAUCUCGAAUUUUUCUCUCUUCAAGAAAAUCUAGUUGAUCUUCUUUGAGAUGCAAUAUCACCUUAGUGCCUCGUUUUGGCAACUCACUGUCAUCUGGUGCAAUUGUGAAAGUUCCACCAGCGGACGACUCCCAAAUGUACUGGUCAUCAUCAUUAUUUUUCGUCACUACUUGAACCCGGUCGGCUAUAAGGUAGGCAGAAUAGAAACCUACACCAAAUUGACCAAUCAUCGAUAUAUCUGCACCAUCAGCCAGAGCCUCCAUAAACGCCUUCGUGCCAGAGGAAGCGAUCGUACCCAAAUUCUUAAUCAAAUCUGCUUUCGUCAUACCAAUACCAGUAUCCAGGACAGUCAAAGUUCCAGCCUCCUUGUUGGGUAUCAACUUGACAUACAUAUCUUCUCCGGAAUCAAGAACUGAUGGAUCAGUCAAACUCUUAUACCUCAACUUGUCCAGAGCGUCACUAGCAUUAGAUAUAAGCUCACGAAGAAAUAUCUCUUUGUUGGAGUAGAAAGUGUUGAUAAUCAGGCUCAUAAGCUGGGCGAUCUCAGCCUGAAACGCGAACUCCUCAGGUUGUUGCUCGGUAACCAUUGAUUCGGGCAUUGUACAGCGUCUAACACAAAAUCAAGUAACGAACGCGCGCUGAGCGUGCCUUUAUAAAUACUGUUUAGAAUGUUCUAGAAUUUAUUGUUUGGUUUCUAAAAAUAGAAACAAAUGGACCAAUAGGAACAGAGUAGAUUUGCGUAGAAUAUUCUAGACUGUUCCUUCACUUUUCAUUGGCUCACAAACUCGGGUCAACAAACUGGUAUCAUCCUGGCCACUGUUUGUGUAAACUUUUCCGUAUGAGAAGUGCCUUUGUGUAAUCGAGUCAGUUGAUCGUCACAGUGUGUCGAAGAACGGAUGAUCGGUCAGUUGGAUAAUCCUGCAUAUGGAGACGGCUUUGAAAAGAACGAAGUCGCCAGAGGCUCUAAAAGAGCCGAAGUGACUAUCCAAUCAGGACCUGGUAGAACUUUCUAGAAGAUCAACGCGACAUACUAUAGAUGAGCAUAGCAUGCCUCCACACGGGUUGACUGAAUUAUAAUGAUGUUAUAGCCAAUACCAAUAACUAUAAUUACUCAUGUUUUUCUGUACAUUUUUGGUUCUUGCCCAAUAAUCACUCUCCUUUCUUCUUCCGUCUUCUGAUUUGGUACUUCGGGAUUCUACAUGUUUGGGUGCCGUUAGUUGUAUGUCGUAUUCUGCCGUUAUUAAGGAGAGAGAGCAACAAUACCCCCACCAACGUAUGCUCUGAAGCUAGUUAUAUAGUGAAGUGUUUAUUCAAUGAUUUUUGUAACGACAAAACGAAGACCACAAUUUUUUUAUUGGUGACACCAUAUGUGAUCACAUUUAUAUUCAAUAUCUACUGUUUCCCCAUAUUUUUAUGUAAAAAUGAACACUAUGGUUUAAUUGUGAUAGUACGCACAUGUCUUGCUUUAAUUAAAUUAAACACUAUACCUAUCGUCUGUUCUUCGACUUUAUUGGCCCCAGUGCCGUUGGUGUUAACAGGUUCAGAGGAACCUUCCACAAUCUAGU